AUACGUCAUAUUCGUUUGAGAUGAACAAAAAUAAAUAAAUGCCGUAAUUUAAGUGAUAAUGCAUUAUAAAGUAUUCGUAAUCAUUUGUUCUGUGUGUUAAAUAAUAAUACAAAAGUCAAGUGUUGCAAAACACAAAUAAAAAAACAGACUGUGUUAAAGCGCUUCAAAUUUUUACUACAUUUCGGAGUACAUUAACGUUGGAGGAAAAUGCUAAAGUUCUUAAAAAAUCUGCUGCUAAGGAUUUAUAUGCAGUACGAACUCGUUACAUGCAUUUAUAUGUUUGAACCAUGGGAAAAGAAAUUGAUAAAUAGUUUCGUCCUAUUCACACUUAGCUUGAUCAUUUUCUCCAGUUGCGUGUACUUGCCGUCCUACAUUGAGACAUUCCUACAAUUUGUUUCCCCGUUACCACGGACAGAAAGCACUGCGUCGUAUACACCCAUGCUCCACACAGAAAAGAUGAAUAUGAGCUAAGUGAGGAAAGCACAAGGCUGAGAUUCAGAACGCACAAUUUUACAUCUUCGUUUUAAGAGUAAGCAUAAGAGUGCAUUCGUUGAUAUAGGGCAAUAUUAUUUCUAAAUAAAUGUUUAAAAUAAAAGACAGUGUAAUAUAUACUUACAUAUAUAGAAUUCCAUGUGUGUAAAACUUAACGAAUUUCAAAAAAGUAUAAAUUUUCAAUAAAUAAUUUGUUACUAUUUAUUAAGUGGUGCUUAGGAUGAAAUCUUUGAAAUAAAAAGCGUUUUGGUUGUAAAUA